CCCCAAGCCCGGGAGGGACCGGAGCCCCCUGGAAACCAGGUAGUGUAAAAACAGUAUAUGUGGAGUUUAUAAGAAUAAAAACCAACACGAAGGAAGACAGAAGUGGCAGCUUCGGGGAACCAUGAGAACUGAAGUAGAAGCAACUCUGAAAGCAAAGAUAAAAUGGAAUUGGCAGACAGUGAUGAGCCUGUUCCAAAGGACACAGUGGAAGGUUGGGAAAGUGGAUGAGAAAUGAAGUCAGCAUGUAUUUGGCCCAGAGAUUCCGCUUCCUUGGUAAUAAAACAAAAUUUCUAACGACAAUUUGUUCUUCAAAAACCCUUGGAUUCUCUACUUACAGUAAAAUGUCUUCAAAAUUGAAAAAUGCAAAACGCAUUGAAGGACUUGACAGCAAUGUAUGGAUUGAAUUUACCAAGUUGGCUGCAGAUCCCUCUGUGGUGAAUCUUGGCCAAGGCCUUCCAGAUAUAUCACCUCCAACAUAUGUAAAAGAAGAAUUAUCAAAGGUUGCAUUCGUUGAUAACCUGAAUCAGUACACACGGGGCUUUGGUCAUCCAUCCCUUGUGAAAGCUCUGUCCUGCCUUUAUGAAAAACUUUAUCCAAACCAAAUUGACCCAAAUAAAGAAAUCCUUGUGACAGUAGGAGCGUAUGGAUCUCUUUUUAAUGCCAUUCAAGGAUUAAUUGAUGCAGGAGAUGAAGUUAUAAUAAUGGUGCCUUUCUACGACUGCUACGAGCCCAUGGUGAGAAUGGCUGGAGCAACACCUGUUUUUAUUCCCCUAAGAUCUAAAGCUGCUGGUGAAAAAAAAUGGUCAAGUUCUGACUGGACAUUAGAUUCUCAAGAACUCGAAAGCAAAUUCAAUUCUAAAACCAAAGCCAUCAUACUAAAUACUCCACACAAUCCCCUUGGCAAGGUGUAUACGAAAGAAGAGCUCCAACUGAUUGCUCGUCUUUGCAUCAAAUACGACGCACUCUGUAUCAGCGACGAGGUUUAUGAGUGGCUUGUAUACACCGGAAAUAAGCACUUAAAAAUAGCCACUUUCCCGGGUAUGUGGGAGAGAACGGUAACCGUAGGAAGUGCCGGGAAGACUUUCAGCGUGACGGGCUGGAAGCUUGGCUGGACCAUUGGUCCUCACCACUUGAUAAAACAUGCACAGACUGUUCAACAAAACACUGUUUACACUUGCACAACUCCCUUACAGGAAGCCUUGGCUCAAGCUCUCUGGAUUGACCUCAAGCGCAUGGAUGACCCAGAGUGUUACUUUAAUUCUUUGCCAAAAGAAUUGGAAGUAAAAAGAGAUCGGAUGGUACAUUUACUUGAAAGUGUCGGCCUGAAACCCAUAGUUCCCGAUGGAGGGUACUUCAUCAUUGCUGAUGUGUCUUCAUUAGAUGUUGACCUCUCUGACAUGAAGAAAAAUGAGCCUUAUGACUACAAAUUUGUGAAAUGGAUGAUUAAAAAUAAGAAACUGUCAGCCAUCCCUGUGUCAGCCUUCUGUAACUCAGAGACCAAAUCACAGUUUGAGAAGUUUGUACGCUUCUGCUUCAUCAAAAAAGACAGCACACUGGAUGCUGCUGAGGAAAUCAUCAAGACCUGGAAUACACAGAGGUCGCAGCGUGGGCAGUGUGUGACUAUUUCCGCUAGAAGGCCCAGUAAGGACUUGUAACUCAGUGCUGCCACCUUCUGGAUGCUGAGCAACAAAUAAUUCGAUACAAACAUUUAA